AUGCAUCUAUUAUCCCAGAAGUCGACUAUCAUGUUCCGAUUCUCGCUCGUUUUUCAGCUUCUCACCCAAGCCGCCGGCCAGCCGUUAAAACCCGACGGUUGUAUGGAGGUGAACGCGGACGCGCUACGAUUUCUCGCCGCUGGCAAUCCGCUUUUCGGUGGCCAGUUCCCGUUCGCGGCUGCUGCCGGCGUUCCAGGUGUCGGCCCAGCGGACGCUUUCCGUGCCAUGGCUGCCCAAGCCGGUCUACCGUUUCCGGUCAUGUAUCCAGGAAUGCAACCGGACGUCAAGCCGGAAAUGAUGUCUGUUGGAGGAGGUCCAAUCCCUAGUUUUGUAUUCGAUGUGAUGAAUCCCUACCAUCCGUAUGCGGCUGGUCUUGAUGGAGCUCGAAGGAAGAACGCUACGCGGGAAACUACAGCUCCACUGAAAGCUUGGCUGACUGACCAUCGAAAGAACCCCUAUCCGACAAAGGGCGAAAAGGUCAUGCUAGCCGUCAUGACGAAGAUGACGCUUACACAGGUGUCCACUUGGUUCGCAAAUGCUCGACGACGACUGAAGAAGGAGAACAAGAUGACGUGGUCACCACAAAAUCGUCGUGGUGAUGACCCCGACGACGAUGAUCUGGCCGAUAUCGAUGCCAUCAGCGGUAUCGACGGCAUCGACCGACCGUCCAGCUCCAUGUCUGACAUGUCCGAGAAAAAAGACGGUAGAAGUGCCUGCCACCCCAGUGACGAACAACAACCUAAAGACGCCUCUGAUGUAAGUACCCCGAAGAAAGCACCAGGAAAAAUCUGGUCGAUUGCCGACACACUCGGCGAGCUUUCCGACUCGACGACGAAAGCUGAAAGUGAAGCCGGCAGCUCAAAAAAGGACACUCCUAGUACUGAUGAGGAUCCCGCAGCAGUAUCACAAUUCCAACGAAUGUUCGCUUUGUCGAACUUCCAAUUCCCACCACAGAUGUUGGCCGCAAUGGCGCGACCGGGCGCUAUGCCACCGAUGCCAUUCCUGAAUCCGUUGGCGUUGAUGGGUUUCGCCGCGCAGCAACAUCAGCAACAACAGCAACAACAUCCGUCAAUGAGUGGUUCGUUCUCAUCGGAUGCCCAAUCAUUGAGUCCGUCGUCCAGUCAUUCGCCGACCGAUUCAACAACGGGUCCUGCAAGAAGCCCUGCACAGGUGCCUCCAGCAACUCCACCAGCACCGGCAGUCAGUACUUCAGCCUUGUCCUCACCGACAGCUUCCCUCACCAGCACAUCUAGCACUGUACCGGUGGCGUCAGUGGUUAGUCCUACGCAAUCGUCCGCACACGGGUCUAAUGAUGGCCGAUGA